AAGCGGUGAAAGGCGGUUGUGAAGGUACUGCCAUAAACAGAGCGCAGACUGCGCCUUUAAGAAGUGCAAAUCGAAACAGUAAAGCAUUCGCGGUGUCAAUGUACUAACAAUGAAUUUAAUCGAUAUGGUCUUGAUUCAAUUCUUGCUGUUUAAUGGCAUAUGGACCAUUCAAGGUCAGCAUGGAAACCCUCUGAACAAGUACAUUCGCCACUAUGAGGGCCUGUCCUACGACACCGAGGCCCUGCACAGCAACCACCAGAGAGCCAAGAGGGCCGUCUCCCACGAGGACAAGGUCCUGCAGCUUGACUUCCACGCACAUGGAAGGCAUUUCAAUCUGAGGAUGAAGAGGGACACCAGCCUGUUCUCUCCAGACCUCAAGGUUGAGAUAUCAGGAGUGGAGGCGCCCUACGACCCCUCCCACAUUUACACUGGAGAAAUCUUCGGUGAGAAGGGCACUUUGACCCACGGCUCAGUGGUAGACGGCAGGUUUGAAGGCUUCAUCCAGACCCACCAGGGCAUGUACUACGUGGAGCCCUCGGAGAGGUACCUCAGAGACAAGGACGUGCCCUACCACUCAGUCAUCUACCACGAGGGGGACAUCAAUUACCCUCAUAAGUAUGGGUCAGAGGGGGGCUGUGCUGACCACUCAGUGUUUGAAAGGAUGAAGAAGUACCAGGCCUCGGCUAUGGAGGAGCCUCUCAAGGAGCCCAGCAGUGUGGUGGAGGAAGAGGAGAGGUCCCAUGGACAUGGUCCGGUGAUCCUGAGGAAGAAGAGAGCAGCUCAGAUAGAGAAGAACACCUGCCAGCUCUUCAUCCAGACUGACCACCUCUUCUUCAAGUACUACGGCACCAGAGAGGCUGUCAUCGCACAGAUCUCCAGCCAUGUCAAGGCCAUUGACUCUAUCUACCAGGGUACUGACUUCCUGGGCAUCCGCAACAUCAGCUUCAUGGUCAAAAGGAUCAGGAUAAACACGACCAGUGAUGAGCGGGACAUCACCAAUCCGUUCCGCUUCGCUAACAUCGGGGUGGAGAAGUUCCUGGAGCUCAACUCAGAACAGAACCAUGAUGAUUAUUGCCUGGCCUACGUCUUCAGUGACAGGGACUUUGACGAUGGGGUGCUGGGCCUGGCCUGGGUCGGAGCUCCUGCAGGGAGCUCCGGAGGUAUCUGUGAGAAGAGUAAGUUGUACUCUGAUGGGAAGAAGAAGUCUCUGAACACCGGCAUCAUCACGGUGCAGAACUACGCCUCCCAUGUCCCCCCCAAGGUCUCCCACAUCACCUUCGCACAUGAGGUUGGACACAACUUUGGCUCUCCGCAUGACUCUGGGACAGAGUGCACCCCAGGAGAGUCCAAGGCCCAGGAGAAGAAGGAGCAGGGGAACUACAUCAUGUACGCCCGGGCCACGUCAGGGGACAAGCUCAACAACAACAAGUUCUCUAUCUGCAGCGUGAGGAACAUCAGCCAGGUCUUGGAGAAGAAGAGGGGCAACUGCUUUGUGGAGUCUGGCCAGCCCAUCUGUGGUAAUGGUCUGGUGGAGGCAGGGGAGCAGUGUGACUGUGGUUACAGUGACCAGUGUAAAGACGAGUGCUGCUACAACGCCAACGAGGCCGACGGCAACAAGUGCAAACUUAAGCCCGGCAAAAUCUGUAGUCCCAGCCAGGGUCCGUGCUGUACACCGACGUGCAACUUCAAGGGCUCCAAUGAUAAGUGUAGGGAGGAGUCAGAGUGUGCUGAACAGGGCAUGUGUAACGGAGGCACUGCCCAGUGCCCCACCUCUGAACCCAAAGCCAACUUCACCGCCUGCCAUGGAGAGACACAAGUCUGCCUCAACGGGGGCUGCUCUGGCUCCAUCUGUGAGAAGUAUGGUCUGGAAGUGUGUACCUGUGCCAGUAUUGAGGGAACAGACGAGACUGAGCUGUGCCACGUCUGCUGUCAGGAGAGAAUGAAACCCGACACCUGCAGCAGCACGGGCUCCGAGAAGUGGGCCCGCUUCUUCAGCAAGAAGAUCACCACACUGCAGCCAGGCUCCCCCUGCAACGACUUCAAGGGUUACUGCGACGUGUUCAUGAGGUGCCGGCUGGUGGACGCAGACGGCCCCCUGGCCAGGCUAAAGAAAGCCAUCUUCAACGCAGAGCUCUACGAGAACAUCGCAGAGUGGAUAGUGGCUCACUGGUGGGCAGUGUUGCUGAUGGGCAUUGCUCUCAUCAUGCUGAUGGCUGGUUUCAUCAAGAUCUGCAGUGUCCACACACCCAGCAGCAACCCCAAACUGCCCCCACCCAAGCCACUGCCAGGCACGUUAAAGAGGAGGAGACGGCAGCAAUCGAAUGGCCAGCAGCCCCAGCAGCAGCGCAACCAACGCCAGCCCAGAGAGAACUAUCAGUUGGGUCAGAUGAGACGUUGAGACACUGGGCCCCUCUUUGCCUUGGUUCUUCUUAGUGCCUACAGUGGGAACACUUCACUCCAAAGAGUUACCUGUACCAUUCAUUGCAACCACCCAUCUGCAAAACUAACUGUCAACAGAACUGAUUUCAAUAGACAAGACGUACAGUUCCAGGACCUAAUGGACUACAUCAACACCACUGCUCUGGGAGCCAGCCGAGCUGUCCUUCACACAGCUGUAAGCAGAGAAUAUUAUAGGAAAGCUCUUGGCAAUGACGGGAAGAGAAAAUUACUGAUUUCUGUUGUUCUUUUUUCUUUUCUUUUUUCCUGGAGUGCAGGGGAGCAGCAGCAUUGUGGUCAUGCAGCCUCUCCUCUCCUCCUUUUUAGCGUGUUUCAUCUGUUUGUCCUUUCUGAAGUGCUGCCCUCCUGAGCAGGAAGACAGGACUGCAGGUCACAUGGGUUUUUGCUGCCAUGCAAAGCCAGGAUGUGAGACAUUGCAGCAGAAGAGACUAAUUUGCCAAUGUAAUUAUUAUUUUGUAAUCAAAACAUGAUAAGAAAAAAUGCACAGGCUUUUAUUUCCAAAGCAUACAUGUUCUUUCUGUGUGCAAUUGUACAGGUAUUGAGAUGUAGAUUUUUUUUCUUUGUAUCAUAUGAAAUCAAUUGUUUUCCUGAUGUCUGAUAAAGAUUAUUUACUGUUUUAAUUCACUCUCUCAGGAUUAAUAAAACCGAAAACAGCCCUAUCUGUCACAUUUAGCUACUGUGGGGUGGAUCAGAACAGACCUCGGUUAUCAGAACAUGGAGGGAAUGUAAACAUAAAGCUGAAUGUGAUUAAAGCAGGGUAUAGAGAGGCGACAGAGAUGUAGAGACUUGUGAUAUUCGGAUGUGAUAUCGGAGGAUAUCAUUGGGCUGGUGGAAGGUGUCAUUUUCAGACAGGUUUGCUUCUAGAGGUGCAGUUUGGGGAUGCAACUGCAGCUUUUAAAUGUUUUACUUAAUUAUGACAUUGUUCUUUUCAGCAAUUUUUUUCUGAUUCAAUGCAUUGAUGUGAAUCACUGAACCACUAAAUACAGCAGAUGUACCUUGUCUAUUGAUCAUUCCAUGUGAGGGAUGGUUGGAGAAAGGAGAGAAUCUUCAAUGCAUUAGCAUACAAGGCUGUCCAAGGGCUGGCUGGUGCUACACCUCAUGACUAUGCCACUGAACGUGGUUACAUCAUAUUCUUCAAGUCACAGGGCCUUGGCCAGAGCCUGCGAACACAGGCCAGGGUCCAUAGGGGGCAAUAUUACAGAGGGCAUCACAGACAGUCACUGUACUGGUCUGGACAUGCUCUCGCCUAGCUCGGCUGCCCUCACCAAUGUUGUUACCUUAAUAAAUGCAGUCUUUAAGAGCUGACCAGGGAACAACCGAAUGCCCUGUUACAUACCAGUUUGAAGGCAGCUUGAGGAAUCUUCUACUCUUAUGGCAUGCAUUAGGAAUGUGAAUGGUUUGCCAGAUGAAGAUCCUGGAUGGCUUUAAUGUGAUUGUUGUUUUUUUUAUUUUAGCAAUUCAGAUAUUUGUAUAUGGGGGAAUUGUAUCGAUAAAGUCCUACAAUGGCUUAAUGUCUGAGUGUCCAGCUAUGCCAAGCUGUUACAUAUGAACUGAGAUUGAUAAGGCUACCAAUUGCCUGUAACUUUUCUCCCUUUGGCUAUCAUUUCCAUGUUGUUUCUCUCCUAUGAUACGUAUCUGUGUUGCAUGUCCUGUCUCUCUCCCUAACCCCACAUCUCUAUUGGAAGUACAUAGCUCUGCUCUGGGGAUGAUCUCCACCAAAAGAGACCUAUAUGUCAUAGUCUGUGGUUUGUGUAAAGACAUAAACAAUGUGUCUAAAUGGAGUUGAGUCUGAUUCUCCUGAACCCAUUGCAACUCCACAGUCUGUCCGGAGGUCAGUGGGGUUUGUAAUGUACCGCUGGCUCAGAGCCAUGGAGACCAGGACACAGGCAGGAUAUCCAAAGUGACACUGCUUGACUUCAGGUGUCUUUUAGAAGGUCAACUUGACUGACUGUAGGGAGAGGAUGUGGGAUAAAUGUACCGUCCUGUUUGUUGUCCUGUCUUUGUGUGGCAGGUGUGGGAAGUCUUUUGAAGCCUGUUACCAAGGUCUCUCAAAUCAGAAUGAACGUAGACUAGCACUCGAGGUCAGGAGGUAACCCUAAGUCCUUUUAUUUUUCAUGACUUUGUUAAUCCCAUUUAAAUGAUGUGACUAUAUUGAUAUUAUAUGACUGAUUCUGGCCCAUUAUGCCUUAUCAGGUAGGUAGACACUAGGCAGUGUGUCCUGGAGCUUAAUUAAAGUCAAGCUGGACUCUUCACAUAUUAAUGCCUUCAUUGUUUCCUCCCAAAACUGGUCAAUAUUGAAUGAGGAAAAAAUGACUCUUAUCUAUGUAGCCACAUACAAUGUCUACAAGAGAGCCUCUGAAAUGGAAAAAAAACGGAUCCUCCCUUGAUUCUAACAUGUCUUUCUCUGUUCUUUCUGUUUGGUGCUGGUGGGUAUGGGUUUGUGCUGGAUAAUAAAAUAUUGUUUCUCAUUACCUUUGGCAUUUAGUAAGGCUCAUCGGAGUGUGGUCGUCUUAAAUUCAUUCUUCUCAUUGUCUUUUUAUUCCUGUGGUAAGGUAAUAGGUGGGUAUAUAGGGGGCGGUGACUGGGAUUUACAUUUCUGUCUUUAAUUUGUCUUGCAAAUUUUGGGGGGAGAAACGCUUGCUCUGAAAUGUAAACCGAGAGAAUCCAGAAUGGGAAAAGUCUAAUACUGCUGUCUGAUUUGAAUGUCUGCUGUGUUUUAAACAGUAUCUUCAAUUUUCUUUACGAUUUUCUUUUCUUGGUUCUGUUUCCCGUUCUACUCAAAUUUAAACAUUUUACUAAAAUUGCAAAAAGUAUUGUGCAAAUGUUGUUUUGUUUUUUUAACUAUUUGAAAUGCUUUAAUAAAAAUAGACUUGAUCAAAAAA